UCCGAGCAGCCCCGUAACCCUGGCGGUUUGUUUGCAGAGACGGCCCUGGAAGGAGGAGCGAUGCAAGAGGAGGGAGAGUGAGAGGGACUGGUGAAUAGGAAGAAGGUCCCAUCUCUGGCCCGUUUGUGGAAGCUGGGAUGAUGAAGGCACUGCAGUGGGAACGUGCUGUGGUACAGGGUUGAAGCUCCAGCCCAUGUGGGAUAGUUAUAGAGCAAUUGGAAGGGUUGCGUGCAGAGUUCUGGUAAAGAUGGAAGAAUCUCAUUUCAACUCCUCUCCGUACUUCUGGCCAGCAGUGCCCACAGUUUCGGGACAGAUUGACAACACCAUGUUUAUUAACAAGAUGAAGGAGCAGCUAUUGCCCACAGAGAAGGGCUGCAGCCUUGCUCCCCCCCACUACCCUGCCUUGCUGACAGUGCCCACCUCAGUGGCUCUACCCACUGGCAUUGCAAUGGACUCUGACACCAAGCCGGAGCAGCUGACACCACACAGCCAAGCCCCUGUGACUCAGAACAUCACCGUGGUGCCAGUGCAGUCUGCUGGGCUCAUGACAGCAGGUCCUGGUCUCGUGAUAACUUCUCCAUCAGGCUCACUGGUGACCACAGCCUCCUCUGCACAAACCUUUCCCAUCUCAGCUCCCAUGAUCGUCUCUGCACUACCCCCUGGCUCCCAGGCAGCCCUCCAGGUGGUGCCUGAUCUGACCAAGAAGGGGACAACCACCCUCUCCGAAGGUGGGGGGGGGGGGCGGGGUGGGGGAGUUGCCCCCACACCUCGGGGCCGGAAGAAGAAACGAUUGCAGGAAUCGGGGCUGCCAGAGAUGAGCGACCCCUUUGUGCUGUCAAACGAGGAUGAUGAGGACCAGCACAAGGAUGGCAAGACAUACAGUUCCGUGAGCAGCGGAACUAAUGAAGCCUGGUUUCCAGCGGCUCUCUCCUGUGUGGAUUCUCUGAUGUCUAAUCAAGGGUGCCGGAUGUGUUCGCUGACCUUCUACUCCAAGUCGGAGAUGCAGAUCCACUCCAAGUCCCAUACGGAGACAAAGCCACACAAGUGUCCUCACUGCUCCAAGAGCUUCGCCAACAGCUCCUACCUGGCCCAGCACAUUCGCAUCCACUCAGGGGCCAAGCCCUACACGUGCAGCUACUGCCAGAAGGCCUUCCGCCAGCUCUCCCACCUGCAGCAGCACACACGGAUCCACUCCAAGCUCCACACGGCGAUUGUCAAGCCGCACAAGUGUCCUCACUGCUCCAAGAGCUUCGCCAACACAUCCUACCUGGCCCAGCACCUCCGCAUCCACUCGGGGGCCAAGCCCUACACCUGCCGCUACUGCCAGAAGGCCUUCCGCCAGCUCUCCCACCUGCAGCAGCACACACGGUAAGGGCCAGAGGAGG